ACAGCACUUCUUCUCUCCACUCCCUGACCCCGAAGAAGAAGAAGCCAUAGCCCGUAGCUUGCGCGAGGAAGGAGAUGGAGGCGAAGAAGCUGAAGGGGGCGGCCACCAUGGCCGCGCUGUGCGUGCUCCUCCUCCUGGCGCUGCUGCCCAGGGAGGCGGCCGCCAAGUCGGAGUUCUGCAAGUGCUUCGAUGACUGCUACCCCGGGUGCGUGAGCGGCAACGUGCCGGGCUACGCCUGCGAUGUGUUCUGCGCCAACAAGUGCAGCCCCAACACCAACCACCCCGGCUAUGGCGUCGGCGUCGGCACCUGCAGGAUGGCCUGCAAGAUACAGAUCUGCGGCCACUCAGCGGCGGCGCCGACCGAUGCAGCUGACGCCGACGUCUGCAUGCAGAACUGCAACAGGAAGCUGAGCCAGAUGGCCCAGACUGAUUAACCGCCAAACCGCUCCGUUUUAGGAGAAGAGAAGAAGAUUUGAAGAGCUACCUUGCCGAUCAUGGGAUCACUACAUAUAUAUGAAUAUGAUGUUGAAUGGCUGUGAUUGUAGCAGCAACCAAUAAAUUGAGUAUGUCGAUAUGUAAGGCAUAAUAUACAUGCAUAAUAUGAA